UCGUCGGUCCCAUGCAGCCGCUGCUCUGUGCGAUGGCCGGGCUCGCCCUGCUCCGCGUCGGGGCGGGCGAGUGGGGUCGGGGACCCAGGGACACCCCCGGACAGCGAGCUGCUGAGUCCUCCAGAGAAGAUCUAGCUUGGAGCCCAGGCUGUGACAGACAUGUGGCUGUCCAAGGCCGAUUGGACAUCAUGGAAGAGAUGGUGGAGAAGACGGUGGAGCACCUGGAGACCGAAGUGACAGGUCUGCUGGGCCUGCUGGAGGAACUGGCUUCCAAUCUACCCCCAGGGCCCUUCAGCCCCGAACCGGACCUGCUAGGAAGUGAUCACUUCUGAACACCAGGGGUAGUGGAGCCUGGCAGCUGAAGUCAUCCAUCUGAGAACCAAGCCUGGCCUUGCCGUCCUGCCCCACGUUCGUGUGAAAUAAAAGCUACUACUCUGGCCCCGUGUUUGUUAAUGGUGACCUCUGUAACCUCAGCCCCAGCUCCUGUCAUACGCCCUGAACCCCACACGCUGUACUAGCCCACAGACCUGGGUAACCUGUGCACCCGCACUUCCAACUUUAUAGGGACAGACGGCAGAACCUGAUUCACACAAAGUGAGGCACCCGAAGCCCAGAAUGGUAACGGGACACAGAAGGCCCUUUAUACAGCCUUGCUACUCAAACUGUGGCCACAAAAACAGCAGCCGGUGCCACCCAGAAACACAUGGGCAUCUGGGUCCCAUCCAGCCAACCCCCACAUCAGAAUCUCUGCCUUCAUGUGAUUCCCUAUCCUGCCUUCCUGGUGGUGAGAGGUUGUGUGCCCAUUAAGAAUCCUGUUCCAUGGCUGAGAAUCCAGACAUACUUCCAGCCUCUUUUU